AUGCCGCGCUACCCGCCUGAUCGUUGGUUUGAUUAUACCUCAUUGGGCGUCCCGGUUAAAGGGACGCGUUUGCUUCCGAUAAAACUACCUAUACCAUCAGAAAAGUCCAGCAAUAUUCCUUUUCAUUUAAGAUUUACACUAGGUGACCUUAUUAACUGUGUUGAAUCAUACAACCAAAAAUUGACGUGUGUCAUAGAUUUGACUUAUGCAAACUAUUAUUCGCCAAAGUUCCUUCAUGAUAAUAAUAUAAGUUACCAUAAGAUAUAUGUGGAAGGACAUGCAAUCCCAAAUUCGAAAACUGUUGAACAGUUUAUCAAUAUGGUUAACAAGGAACGUAAACAAUCUCCAGAUGGCAUAAUUGCUGUACACUGCACACAUGGCGUAAACCGAACGGGUUAUUUAAUAUGCAGAUAUCUUAUCGAUUUUAUGAAUAUAAAUCCUAAAGAUGCUCUUAGAGAAUUCGAAUGGGCACGUGGUCAUCCUGUCGAAAGAGAAAAUUAUGUUGAAGAUUUGUUGAAUUCUGUCAGUAAAUUAGAGGUCACAAACGUUGAAAACAAUAGAAAUUUGCAUUAA